AUGAGGUCCAGCUUCUCUCUGUUCAUCUGCCUGGUGUUGGUGUCUCCCGGUUGUUGUGCUAUCAUCACAGGGUCAUGCGAGCUUGAUUCCCAGUGUGGCAGAGGAAUGUGCUGUGCGGUCAGCCUGUGGAUCCGGAGCCUGCGCAUGUGCACUCCUAUGGGACUGGAGGGGGAAAGCUGCCAUCCUAUGAGCCACAAGGUUCCAUAUGAUGGGAAGAGACUUCACCACACUUGUCCGUGUUCGUCAGACCUGGACUGUAUUACUGCGGCGAAUGGACAAUACAAAUGCCUUUCACCACACAAGUCUCAUGUUUAUGAUUUCUGA